AUGGCGGAUCAAUUGCGGGCUGAUGCCCGUGUGGGCAACAAAACAUACACCAGCGCGACUGUUGUCAUUAUUGGCGCUGGGAUAUCUGGAAUGUGCAUGGCCAUCGAUCUCAUCAAGCGCAAUAACUGCCACAACUUCGUCAUCCUGGAAAAGAGUAGCGGCGUGGGUGGGACAUGGCACGAUAAUAAGUACCCUGGAUGCUGCUGUGAUGUGGCAAGCAUAUUAUAUAGCUAUUCGUUUGAGCAAAACCCCAAAUGGUCCCGCGAGUAUCCUGGUCAAGAAGAGCUUUUGAAAUAUCUCACUCAGGUGGCCGAAAAGUACGGGCUGUACAAGUACAUCCGCUUCAACUCGGAGGUCAAACAGGCGCGAUGGGACGACGAGGAGAUGAAGUGGAAAAUCAACGUGGAAGUCUCUGGUGACAAGGAUAGCCAGUUCGCAAGCUCCUAUGUCCUCAACUCGGAUUUUCUUGCGUCUGCGGUUGGGCAGUUGAACGUCCCUCGCGAGCCGGAUAUUCCUGGACUCAGGGACUUCCAGGGGAGAAUGAUGCAUUCGGCACGAUGGGAUUGGACGUAUAAUUUCGAGAAUAAGCGAAUUGCAAUCAUUGGAAAUGGCGCGACGUCCGCUCAAAUUGUUCCAGAGGUAGCGAAGGUUGCGUCUCAUUUGACAGUUUACCAGAGAACUCCAAACUGGGUCAUGCCUCGACUUGACGCGGCUGUAUCACCCUUGCAACAGGCCCUGUUGACGUAUGUCCCUCCCUUGCGUAUGCGAAAGCGUUCUCUGGCCAUGGAUUUCCGCGAGAGCUUUUAUGCUGCUGUGAGCGAUUCGGAGUCAAAUUUUGCGAAGCAAAUCCGCGACUGGUGCUUUGAGGGUUUGCGGACACAGCUGGCUAACAAACCAGAACUAUGGGAAAAGCUCACACCCAACUACGCCCCUGGUUGUAAGCGGCUGAUCAUUUCUGAUGACAUUUAUCCAGCGCUUGCUCGGGAGAAUGUAGAUCUGGAGACGCGCCGAAUUUCGCGCAUCACAGAGACGGGAAUCGAGGUAGAAGACGGCAUCUUGCAGGAGUAUGAUUUCAUUAUUUUGGCGACUGGGUUCAAGACGGUGGAAUUCAUGUACCCCAUUCAGAUUUAUGGCUCCAAAGGUCGGCCACUGUCUGAUAUAUGGAAGGAUGGCGCAUCUGCCUAUCAUGGGGUCACUGUGGAAGACCUGCCAAAUUUCGGAAUGUUUUACGGGCCGAAUACUAAUCUGGGUGAGUAA